UUAUUGUUGUGUUUCGGUUGCUUGAUAUAUACACGUGCACUUGGAAUAUAGAAUAUAUUUUUGUUUCCAUCUGUAUAAUUCAGAAUGGGCAGCACACGUUUCUUUUUGGCAGACUUGCCGUCCAGAACAAACGAAUCCGACCUAAUAGGGCUUUUUCAGGAUUAUGGCCAAGUGCAGCAUGUGGAUCUGAAGAGGAAGGAUGAAGACGAAACACAGGCGGCCAAGGUGAUAGCUUUUGUGACUGUCCAGUCGGAUGAUGCCCAAUAUUGUGUCAAUGAGCUGAACUGGCAAAAACUACAUGGCGCUAAGCUAAAAGUUUCUCUAGCUAAAGAGUCCUUCUUGGAUCGACUCAAGCGUGAGCGCGAAGAGAAUCAGCAAAAGGACCAACAGCAGUCGGAUUACACACAGUAUAAUGAAAACAGUUCCCAGCUGCUAAAGCAAAAUACCCAAAAUAAGCGACGAGUUUUCGGCGAAGAUGAAGAAAUCGGGGACGAUGAGAUUGCCCCCGAGCUGCUAAUCACCAAGAAACGGGCCUCACACUCCAUCCACAAUGGCAAGAUCGUUAUUCAGCAGGAGCACGAUGUCAAGCCUUUGCAUGUUAUUGAAAAUUACAAAAAGUCCGACAAGCGCACUUCAAAGGAUGCAAUUGUAAGCAAAGCGGAACAGAAACGCAAGGAGUCACAAAACAAAAUGAGACAAGAGCAUCAGCAAAAGAAAUCGGCCAUACAAAUGGCGCUCUCGUCUGAGGGAAUUCAAUCAAAACGUAUCAAAUUCAGCGAUGCGGAAGAGGAGGAUGAGACAGAAAAAAAGCCAACGGAAAAACCCAAAAGAGAUAUCUUUGCUGCUGACCAAGACGACGACGAGGAAGAAGAUGAGAACGUUCUAUUGCCUCAAUAUGCGGGCAAAAAGGGUGAACGUCUAGUGGAAUUGCAAAGUAAACAGAGUUUGGAUCCUCGAUUCCGUAUAACGGGUAAUUUUGUGGACGAUGAAGAAGAUGAGGCCGAGAAUGAUGAUGAAGAUAAAUCCCAGACGCAGGAGAAUGAACGCAAUUGGCAAAUGGGCAUCCUAGAACAAGUUGUUGGACACAAGCUAACAAACGAAUCUGGAAGUAAGGGUGAAAGUAAAAAAAAGAAAAUGCUUCGGUUUGAUCCGGCCAAAGAGGACGAUCAGAAACUAGUGCGCCAGAAGCCAAUUGCAAAAGAAAGCCCAGAGGAUAAGAGGGAUAACAAUGGAACAUCUGCCUCUGCUCCUGCUCCAGCUGCAGCUGUGGUAUCCAAGUCUGCGUUCUACAUGGUCACAGAUACCCUGAAGGAAUCAUUAAAUAUGCGUGGCGAAGGCUUCAGUUUGUUGGACAUGUUUGGCAGUGCCCAUGACGAGGAAUUGGCCAAACGACAAGGGCAAUUGGAAAAACUAAGCAACGAGAAGAUUUUGGUUAAUAAAUCAAAUGCACAUAAACUCGAUCUGGUUGCCGUAAUCAAUCCCUUUAGUUACGAUUCGUCGGACAGUGAAAACGAUGAAGAAUCUGCAAAGAAGCCCCCACAAACAGAGGUCAAUGAAAAUGAGGCACCAGCAAACGCAACUAAUCAGUCUAAGAAAAAGAUGAAUAAAAUUCAAAUGGAAUCAUUCUUUAUACCAAAAAAUGAUCCAAGGCUCAAGGAGGGAGCCAAGUUCUUUAAGGUGUCAAAAGCUGAGGUUAUGGCUCACGCUGAUUACGAUCAGGUUAAGAAUCGUCUCAAGCUUUUAAUCACUAAUAAAAUUGCGAAAACUAAAAAGAACCAGCCUGCCAAAGAUAUGAUGAAGAACAGGCAUAAAAAGAAUACCAAGCAAAUUAAAAGUAAAUAAAUUGUAGAAAGUUACAAACCAAAAAAAAAAAGAAA